AGCAAAAGAAGAGAAAGCAUGGCCGCCAGCUACAAUUUCAUCUCGCUGUUGUUGUUUAAUUGUUAGAUAAUUAUGUGAUUAUUACAGUUUGAAGACGCGGGUGACAGUGAAGAGACUUCUUAAAUGAAUAUUGGCCUACGGCCGUCAAUUUAAACUAUGGCAUACGUUUGCAAUGUACAGAAAAGGAGAGAGUGGUCCUGCUGAUUCAGCCUUUCUGUGGUAACUUGGGAACGGAAUCUUAAUACAGAGGCUGGAUACAGUGACGAUGAGGAACUUUCGGAUUAGAGUUUUUACAAUCUAUUAAUAAGUGUGAUUCUCCUGUGAAAUAUUGGUAUAUGUUUAAAGCUGUAAUUUGGAGCUCGCUUGUGUAAUGCACCAGCAGUUGAAGUCUAUUAAUACGCAAAAUUGAAAGUAUUGUCAUGUGAGCUCAGACAGUUUAACAGUUCAGACUUGAGGUAAAAAAAGUCAAGUGUCGUAUCCCAUGUCAUGGCGGAAAGUCAACAGGCGGCUGCCUUACUUGUGGUUGGUGAAGAUGGAAGUGUGAAUGGGACGAAUGGAGAGGCGCUUGCGGCAGCACUGAAUGAUCGCAUAGACCCCCACGACACAAACGAGAAUUGUGCCCAUGAGAAUGGACAAGACGACGGACCAACAAUUGACAUCAUUAUUAACAAUGUAGUGGCGAGUUACAGCACCCGAUGUCAUCUCGACCUGAGGAGAAUCGCUACGGAUGGGAAACAUGUUGAAUACAAGAGAGAAUUUGGUAUGUGCAAUAUGAAAAUAAGGCGACCAUACACAACCGCCACUAUUUGGUCCUCUGGGAAAAUAACAUGUACUGGAGCCACAAGUGAAGAGGCAUCAAAGAUUGCAGCAAGGAGAUUUGCCCGACAAUUGCAAAGGCUGGGGUUCAGAGUGAAAUUCGCCAACUUUAGGGUUGUCAAUGUCCUUGGAACCUGUAUUCUUCCUUUUAAAAUCAAAAUAACCAAUUUUUCCCGAAAGCAUACUGAACAUGCAAGCUAUGAACCGGAGCUGCAUCCAGGUGUCACAUACAGGAUAAAGGAACCUAAAGCCACCCUGAAAAUAUUCUCCACGGGCAGUAUCACUGUCACAGCGCCAUGUGUUGCUAAUGUGCAGUCGGCAAUAGAACAUAUAUUCCCACUGGUGUUGGAGUUCCGUGCUGAUGACCAGGACAUUGACAAAAGUUUGUUAGAAAAUGAAGCUAGAUUUAUUAAUAAACAACGAGGCAUUGUCAAACCAAAACGUCCGGUGAUGAACUUUGACGACUGUGAGGGUUUGGACUCGGAUAACGGUGCCGAUAGUGAAGAAAGUUUUGAUAGUGAUGAAAGCCAGGAUUGAGUGUUCUCACCAGUAUUGUUGAAUGUGCAAAUGUAUCCUAUUUUUGUGUGUAUAUCUUGAGGAACAGUCAAAGGUUUGUGCAGACUUAUAACACUGGAUGUACACUGUGAUAUAUCAGACUGACCAUUACUGCCGCUUCUUGGUUUAGCGGGGUGCAGUCAAACUCCCGUUUUGGUCAGAAAUGGCAUACCAAAGCAUAUUUUCAAUAUAUCCAAAAAAAAUAAAAAAAAUUGUCCAAAGCAGUGAUUUAUUAGGGUAAAAUUUUUGUCUAUUUUUCAAUAAAAAAAUAAUUCAAAAUCAAUGUAAAAAUCACGUAUUUCAAAAUCAUGUGUUUUUUGGUGGUUGCUAUUUUCCCAAAUGAAGAGGUAGAAAAUUCACUGCAUGAUAGUCUUAUGCAUUUCAAGAUAAAAUGGUUCCUUAUUUUGAAUUCGUGUAUAACAACUUUCAGCAACGUUGUUUCCGAUAGAAGUCAAUUAAACCUUUUCUGUACUGGAGGGUCACUUACCCUUGCAUCUAUUAGCUAAGAAGGUACAUAUAGGUCACGAUGCUAGUCCUUCCAUUUUUCUUGCCUUAAUGGCGAAUGCAUUCAAUUUGAAUGAGUGUUAGUUAUACCUGACAAUUAAAAUCCUUGUCGCUCGUAAUCAGUACUGUCUAUGUAUGUUCAAUGAAUGUUAAAUGUCUACUAUCUAAAUAAUCAGCAACUAUGGCCAAAAUGCAAAGAUAGUAGUAAGUGUAGUUAGGUGAAAUAAAAACAGCAGAAAAAAAUCAUUUGACCCUGUAGAAGUGCUAUAUAGUAGAGUGUGUCUUUAUCAACAAGUUAUUUCUCAUUGAUUAUCUCACAUCAGCACAUUAAAUGCAGAUGUUCUCACUGUUGCAUUUAUUUGUUUUACAAUCAAAUGACAAACUUUCAGAUUGUAAUUUGUAUGUAAAUUGAUGUUAAGAUUCCAGCUAUAUCAGAAGUGCAUCUCUUUUUAGUUCAGCUGUGGCAAAGUCUCAGGUGACCUUUUGCAAUCCUUUAUUGUCGGUCCUCGACCGGCACCCAUCGUGCAUGAAUUUUUUACUUCAUUCAAAUAAAGCUGAAAUAGACGAUUGAUGGGAAUAAUUACUGACACCAUCCUGAGGAAAUGCUAAUUUUAAAGUCACUACGAAAUCCAAUAAGGCCGUCACACAGCCACCAGAAAACCCCAUUCCAAACAUAAAAGCUAAUUUUGAUUUGUAGAUUAAACUGAACCUUAGUGAGAUGAUCUACUUCUAAUCCUAACAAUGCAAGGUACUGCUAUUUUUCAGUUCAAUCAGAAAUCCAAUAUGGCUGCCAUUUUGAAUUUAUAAUCUUUCAAACUGAACCUAAAAAGUUUCAAUGGGCCAAUUUAACUGAAACUUGAUAAGAAUGUUCUAAUGAUGAUCAUGACAAAGGGUUGUUAGGAAACCUCAUAUGCUAUUAUUAUCAUUUUAGGGGUUUUGCCAGGUGUUUAUAGGGUCCGAUACAGGGACCCAUUCCCAAUUGAAAAAUGACCCUGUUUUUUCCCAAUUUCAGUCUUAUUUUCCCAAUUGGAUUAAAGGAAUGUUUAUGCAAGUUUCCAGUCGUUAUAUGUACAACAUCCAAAGUAUUACCGUACAUAAAGGAGCAUUUGAAUAAACAAAAACACUGAAUUUAUUGCUAUACAUUUUAUUAUAAGGAACAGCUAGAGGAAAACCUUUUGCAAAUCACAUUGUAGGUUUUAUUUUUUCCAAACUUAUGAUAAUUUCCCAAACCUGUACAUGUCACUCAGGGGAUCCCAAACAAUGAUUAAAUUUCCCAAUUUUUGCCAAAUACAGCUGAUAUUUUUCCAAUUCCUGCUCAGGGGCCCUUUCCCAAAAUAGCUGGCAAAAACCCUGCAUUUUGUUUUGGUUAUGUUAACAAUAUCUAUAUUGUUUCAAGGUAUUUGUUUUAAAAUACUGCCAUUUGUUGUAGCCAUUGCAAAACCAGCCAUUAGUUUCUAGAUAAUUGAGAUUAUAAAUGAAUCAUCUAACUUAAUUUCAUUCGUCAAAUACAUUUAUGAAAUUUGUAAAAUGAUGACAAAGUAAUCAUUCAAGAUGUAUAAAUAUUGAGAAUUUCUUACCAAUAGUGUAACGGUUAAAGAGCAAGAUCGUGUUACUUAACCAUCUGUUCAUACUGCCGAGUCCAGUCCAAUUUCUAAUUCUUUUGUAAAUAUUUAGGUAUAACAUGGAAAUGCUAAUGUUUGAACAAUAUUUCUUAGGUUCGAAUUUUGUUUCUCACUAUUCUGAGAUUUUGGUCUUUUUUGAAGCAUUAAAUUUUGGCAUUUGAUUUCACCUAUGGAUUGUUUACUUAAUACAAUUGCAGUCUACAUGGAUAAAAAAACAUUUGUUUUGGAACUUUGAGCCGUAUUAUUGCCACAGGUACAUCUUACCACGUCCCUGCCUCAUGUAUUUCCUUAAUUUGAUGAGGGCAUAGGUGACAUCAGAAAAUGUGUCCAAUAUUUCAUUUGCAAUCUCAAAAACUACCAAACCAAAAGUAAGUGGUCAACAGUGAUUAUCACCUGAUACUAAAGCAUUGUUUACUAGUCUGGUGGUCACUUCACAUGCCUGCUGGGUCACAGUUUGUACUAUAGUUUAUUUGUACAUGAUUUGUGUUCAUUUGAAGAAAAUGAUUUGAUCAGUUUAAUGAAAGGAUGUGUGUUUCUGGUGAGAAUUUUGCAUUAUGUGUGUAAUGUAUAAUUUGUCUUUAAGAGGAGUUGUUCUAAGAUGUAAUCUGACGUUCACAUCCCAUGGAAGUAAAAGGUGUAAAUUGAUGUAACUAUUGUGCCGUUCUGUACAACCACAUUUAGUGAAACUGCAUUUAGUCAACCCUGAUGUAUAUGUAUUUGUUUAAUGUAUGAAAAUGUCUUAUGGAGAAUGCAUGUAUUACCUGUAAAACUAUUAUUCGUGUAUUUGGGCCGUCAUUGAGUGAGAGAGUUAAGUACAUAUGUACUAAUGCUAUUGUGUGACCCAGUGUAUCAACUUAUCAGUUAGGUCUGUCAAGAGUAGUAUUGGCUCAAUCGCGAGUACACGUUAAGCACAUUACAGGGCUUGUUUUACAUUCUGAUCAGGGUGUUGAGGGCAUUACUGUAAAACUUUUAACAUAUUCUGAGGUGCUGUGUAAAGUACUUAAUAUACAAUGUUUGCUUAGCUACUGCAUAUAAUAUGACUGUAUCCAAAUCAAAUGUAAAAAGGGACUGUGUAUGGCAUUCAAAAUGUGCUAACUGUAUGGGAUUAUGCAUACAAAAUGUGCUAACUGUAUGGGGAUAUCCACAGAAAAUGUGCUAACUACAUUGUGAUAUGCAUA